AUAAUUCUCUUUGUACUUAAGGAAUCGAGCUGAAAUAGUGCUUCUGAUCUACAUUCUUGACGUAGUAUAUGCACACACAUUUUCAGGUCUUCAGCACCUAUUAUGGCUGAGAUCCUCUCGGAGGAAGAUUUUUGUCGUCUACUGUAAUUGCAGUCUCCCAAUUAUAUAUAAGUUACGAUAAGUUCAAUUUUUUGAAAUGGCGACAAUUUUUCAUAUAUAUCUUUCUGAUUGUUUAGUUUAUGUAUUUUAAGAUCUAACUAAUUAAUGAAAUUGUACAUUAUUCUGUUGAAAAAAUUUUUAUUUUCGAAUUAAAAUUAAUAAUAAAAUAUUUGAUUUCUAUUUUCUUGGUUUUAGUUUCACACUAUCAACAUGAACGAAAUAUGUUUCUCUUAAUAGCAUGUGAUGCUAAAUAUAUAGUUUGUUUUAAAAGUCAACUUAAUCGAUUAGAUAAAUGGCAAUUAGGUGCUAUUGAACGUGGUUUUCAUAAAGAAUAUUCUCUCGAUUGGCAUGAUGGUCUUAUUAUAUCUAUGGGUUCUAUUACAAAUGGUAGAAUUUAUAUGUUUACAGAACGUGAAUUUUAUAUUUAUUCACUUAAUCAACGUCGUAAACUUCAUACACGUAUGUUACCACGUGGUGAUGAUGAUGGAUUAGAAGUAAACCAUCCUCGAUAUAAUGAAUUUUACCGUGGUAUUGGUACUGUAUAUAAUGAACAUAUGUAUCAUAUUUAUUUAAAUCGUAAUAGUCGUUGGACAUUAUCAAAAAUUAUUGUUGAAAAUUUAGCUCAUAUAUAUGAUUAUGAUUUAACAUCUAUAUUUCCUGAUGUAAGACGUUUUAUACAUAUAUGUGUUAAUGAAAAAACAAUUAAUAUUCUUGUUCAAAUGAAUGAUUCAUCAUAUGGUGUUGUAUUUUGUCCAACAAAUGGUCAAAUAACAAAUGAUAAAUUACAAUCAAUUAUAUUACCUCGUGCUGAACAACCAUUAACAAUUUGUUCAGCAUUUAUUGAAAUUUUAAAUCAAUAUAUUUUUUUUAUUAAUGAUCCAUCACAUGAUAUUUUACAUAUAUUAAGUAUAGAACAAUAUUUAACAUCUUAUUCAGUUGAUUGUUAUGCUAUUUGUUAUGUUGCUAAUAAACAUGAAUUAAUAAUUGUAACAAAUACUUCCAUAUCUUCAAUAAAUUUAAAUCAAUCAAAUUUAUUUUUUCGAAAUUUUCUAUGA